AUGAGCUGGCUGACCAGAAACAACAUCCCCGCCUUCUGGGCAGAUCCCCACUGGCAGCUCGCCUGGUGCCAUCGGACCCUUGAGUACCAUAUCAUGCAGAUAGCCAAGCGAACGCCGCGAAACCUCAUCAGUGACCCCGAUACGAAGCGACAUCAAAAGGCCGUGGAUUCCGUCACCGGGCGAAUAGUGGGAUAUGCUCGGUGGAUUCUGCCCGCAUCCCACGCCAAGAGCAUCGGCGGGGCCCCGGCUUGGCCCGAUGCCGUGGUUCCGUCUGUCAGCCAAGAGGAAGAAGCGGAGAUCCGGCGCGUUGCCGUGACAGCUCAUUGGGAUCCUAACGAGGAAUCGGAAAGAUUUGCUUGUCCCUAUUCGGGAGGCGGAGGAUGA